ACAAUAUUUGAUAGCAACAGUUUUGUCUAAAACAUGGAUGGUCCAAACUUUCCUAGGAGCAUGAUAUUAUAGAAUUUUCAAAGCCACACUUCUUUAUAGUAUUAUCACAAUUCAUAUUUCAUACCCUCUAAACAAAAACACAGAAGAAAAAAAUGGAUGUUUUGUACACCAUGUUGAAUUUCAUAUCCUUAUCUUUUCUAGCUCUUUUCCUAGCCAUGUCCUUCAUCAUGAUGACAAUUUUCAAAGGAAAAUCUAUAGGAAACCCAAAAUAUGCACCUGUUAAAGGCACAAUGUUUAACCUACUUUUCAACUACAAGAAACUCCAUGAUUACCAAACUCAAAGAGCCAAUACUCAUCCAACUUUUAGGCUUCUUGCCCCAAAUUGUAGUAACUUGUACACAAUAGAUGUGAGAAAUAUUAUAUAUAUAUUGAAAACCAAUUUUGAUAAAUAUUCCAAAGGUAAGAAUAAUCAAGAUAUUAUGAUUGAUCUUUUUGGUGAGGGAAUUUUUGUUGUUGAUGGUGAUAAAUGGAAGCAGCAGAGGAAAGUUGCUAGCUAUGAAUUUUCUACAAGAGUUCUUAGAGAUUUUAGUUGCUUUGUGUUUAGAAAGAAUGCUGCCAAAUUGGUCAAAGUUAUAUCAAAAUUUUCUCAAGAUGGAGUUGUUUUUGAUAUGCAAGACUUACAAAUGAGAUGUGCUAUGGAUUCAAUAUUCAAUGUUGGGUUUGGAACAGAAUUGAAUUGCUUAGAAGGAUCAAGUAAAGAGGGAACUGAAUUCAUGAAGGCAUUUGAUGAAUCAAAUGCUUUAAUUUAUUGGCGUUUUGUUGAUCCAAUUUGGAGCAUUAAGAGGUAUCUUAACAUUGGUGGUGAAGCUAAGCUUAAGCGCAAUAUCAAAUUGAUGGAUGAAUUUGUCAAUAGAGUAAUAAAGACCAAAAAGGAACGGUUGGAACUUCAACAAGAUUCUAAUGUUAAAGAAGACAUACUAUCAAGGUUUUUGAUGGAGAGCAAGAAGGAGCAAUCAACAAUAACUGAUAAGUCUUUGAGAGACAUAAUUCUUACCUUUAUAAUAGCUGGCAAAGAUACUACUGCAAACACUCUUUCAUGGUUCUUCUACAUGUUAUGUAAGAACCCUCUUGUAGAGGACAAGAUUGUGCAAGAAAUUAAAGAUGUCACUAGUAGUAAUGAAAGUGAACUCAGCAAUAUAGAUGAGUUUGUUUCCAAUUUAACAGAUGUUAUCCUUGAUAAGAUGCAUUAUCUUCAUGCAGCAUUGACUGAGACAUUGAGAUUGUACCCUGUGAUCCCUGUGAAUGGAAGAAUUACAGAUGCACCUGAUGUUCUUCCCGAUGGUCACAAAAUAGAAAAGGGUGAUGGAGUGUACUACUUGUCCUAUGCUAUGGGUCGAAUGUCAUCCAUUUGGGGGGAAGAUGCUGAGGAAUUUCGUCCUGAAAGAUGGAUUAACAAUGGAAUUUUCCAACCAGAAUCGCCAUUCAAAUUUAUAGCAUUCCAUGCUGGACCUCGUAUGUGCUUAGGGAAGGAUUUUGCAUACAGACAAAUGAAAAUAGUAGCAAUGGCUAUUCUUCAUUUCUUCAAAUUUAAAUUGGCAAAUGGGACACAAAAUGUGACUUAUAAGGUCAUGUUUACCCUUCACUUGGACAAGGGUCUCCCUCUCAAUGCAUUUCCAAGGUUAUAAAACUAAUGAGUGAUUGUUGACAUGUGAAUUAAAGCAAAUCACUAUAUGUAGUAAAUUUCUAGUGUUUUAGAUUUUCAAUUUUAUCAAAGAUAUGAUAUGUUUUAGCUACAUGGAUCAUUGAUUCUGCCAUGUAAAUAUAGAAAAUUGAUCUUUAGGCCCUUGAAAUGCUUACCGGUCUUUCAAAAAUCCAAAUAUACUUUUUAUUUCAA